UGUGCGUAUAAACAUGGUAAUGCGGAGUCGGGGCCACAUCAACGUCAGAGUUCCACUAAUGGUAAUGGUAAUGAUUGUGGCAAAUCUGCGACAAGUGUCUGCCAGUUACGGACGCAAUGUUGAAAAUGGAGCUUCGGGGAUAUGGCAAAAACGACGGCCAGAUCAAGACGAAUGGCAUGAUCCUUCUCCAUUGGAUUUCAAAAAACCAGUAGUGGACCCCGAGCUCUUGUUCCAACAGCUGGAAGAAUUCGAUCAAUUCGGUGAUCCAAAAGUACUGGACAAGGGAUACAUCUGGGGCCCCAAGCCGAACUCAGCCCAACAGCUGCAGAAGGAACAGAAAAAGAACAAGCUGAAGGACUGGCUAAACCGUUUCCACGAAAAUGAAGUGUUAGAUGGAGCACGAGGGAACCAGGAAAUCGACGACUUGAUUACGGGGCCGGUGAUGAAGAAUUUCAAUGAGAAGAAGGACAAGAGCUCGCAGCAGCUCGAGCAGCGUCACCGCCAAAUGGAGGCUUUCCAGAAUGCUGCUGCCGAUCUAGCUUUUGACCGAAUGAUAAAUAUCCAGAAAGAACAGGGCAAGGGCGCUAAGACUGUGUUCCUCCCCCUAUAUCCCUCUGCAAAACCUUCUUUGGCGAGACCCUCUUUGGUAAAAAUUGCUCCUGCAAAACCCUUAAAUGGAAAAAUCCAUUUAGCGUCUAAAGCCAAGUGCCAGAAGCCACUGCCAUCUUCCCCAGUAACGCCUCGACCAAGCACCUGUCCGGCAACGACUUUUCGGCCACCCACAACCCGCCACACCAAGAUGUCCUCUCCCAAACCGUUGGCGCCGCCGUCCAGGCCGAAGUGCAAGCACAGGAAGGGCAAGAAGAAGCCAAAGAAGCUUGGUACUUCCUCAGCAUCGAGCAUCGAGAAAAGGAUCCUGGCCUUGAAGCAGCACGCCCUUUCCAUCCUCAAGAACUUGAACUACCUGGAAAUGGAGCUGCUCAGCCAAUCGCCAGACAUCUGCCCUCGUCACCAGUCCCACCAAGGCCCCAUUCCGAAGAAGAAAACAAAAACCGGCGAGCGACUGGACAGACCUACCCAGCCGUCCUUGACCCAGUCGAAGCUGCAUCGUGGCUUCUUCUUUGGCAUUCGACCGGCGAGCACCAAGGAGAGAUUGGCAGACUUGGCUGCCUCUCGUGAGGAGGAGCUCAGACUGCAGGUAAAGGUAUGGCGUGAGCACCUCCAGCAUCUGAUGGCCAGAAAGCGGCCCUUCCCAAAGGCAAAGCGGUUCGAGGCAGCCCCAGCAGCAGCCGCUCGCCUAGAGCCCGUCGCGGAUACGCAGCUCAAUCUGAAUUCGCAGCCAACGCCAUCUUCAGCAGCUCAGUCCGAUUAUAGUCCCACCGUUCGCAUGCCAGUAGCAUCUGACAAAAAGUUCGCCGUUCGAAAUUAUGAGCUGAAUAGCAACAACCGCAAUCUUGCCAGAAGGAAAAAGAAGAAGAGAAAGAAGAAGAGAAAGAUGGUAGCUCUACUGGCGGAUGAUACCCCAAUGCGAAGUUGAAGUAGCUUUAAUUGCAUUUUGUUAGUUAAUUAUCA